AGGCGGGUUUGGAGCGACACUUCGCACGCUGCGAUUGGCUCCUGCCUGAUAGUAGGAGGUUACUCUGCGCCGGCGUCCACCCGGCUGCGCAAGAAGCCAUUUUGAAGUAACGGCCAAUAUAACGGAAGAUAACGUAAACAUCCACAAACGAGCCUUCGAAAAAGAGUCGUCGCCAUGGGGAAUAUGUUCGCCACCGUUUUCAAGGGCCUGUUUGGCAAGAAGGAGAUGAGGAUCCUGAUGGUGGGACUGGACGCCGCGGGGAAGACCACCAUCCUCUACAAGCUGAAGCUCGGAGAAAUAGUCACUACCAUUCCCACCAUUGGUUUUAACGUGGAGACGGUAGAAUACAAGAACAUCAGUUUCACUGUGUGGGACGUGGGCGGUCAGGACAAAAUCAGGCCGCUGUGGCGCCACUACUUCCAGAACACUCAAGGUCUCAUCUUCGUGGUGGACAGCAACGACCGGGAGCGUGUCAAUGAGGCGCGGGAGGAGCUCUCCCGAAUGUUGUCGGAGGAUGAGCUGCGAGAAGCCGUUCUUCUGGUGUUCGCCAACAAACAGGACCUGCCGAACGCCAUGAACGCGGCGGAGAUCACAGACAAGCUGGGCCUGCACUCCCUGCGCCAGCGCAGCUGGUACAUCCAAGCCACGUGCGCCACCAGCGGCGACGGCCUCUACGAGGGCCUCGACUGGCUCUCCAAUCAGCUCAGGAACCAGAAAUGAGCGUUCGCCGCCGACGCGCUCCCCCGACCGACCGACACGUCUUUGUUGUUUCUUUGUUCUCUCCCCACGUGGCGCAGCCCCACUUUUGGGCUCCGCGCGACCGCCCCCAAUCCCCGCCCUAUUUCCUCCCCUCCUCCUCCUCACUCGUCUCGGGGGUCGCCGUGGGCUGGGACGGGAAGAACGCUGGCGUGCCUUUUUACACCUGUGCGGCUCCCCAAACUCCCUCUCGGUCUGCCCCGCCCCCACCCAGAGGAAGCAUGGUUUUCAUGGCCCCGGCCCCCGACUGUAUUACAGCACCAAUCGCUAGAUGUCAUUUCACUCCCGUAAGAAGCAUUUAACCUGUAUCAGGUCACUGUCGACACCCCGCUACCCUUUCUCCCUUCCUUCCUCCCUCCUUCCUGUCAAGCUGUCAAUCAUGAAAAACAUGCUGUCUCUGAACCCGUGCCCCCGCCCACCCCUCACAGCACAAGGCGCGUUUGCGGGAGGAGUCCGGCGCGGACUCGACGAGACUUUGUGACGAGCUUCGUUGUCAAAACGUUUUUCUUCUUCUUCUCGCUGUCACUCGAUCUUGAUUCUAUUUGUACUUUUGACUGCGCAAACAACCAAAAGCAUCCCCGGCAGUUUCCACGUCAUCCGCAAAAAAAGAAAAGCAAAGGAAGAGCGUCCGGCAGCUGGGACGGCACGUCCGGACACCCUACAAGAUGGCCGCGCGCGCGCGCCACCCGGGCAGCGAGCGAAGGUGGCGACCGCCGCCAUGAUUGUAAAUGUGUAAACUGUUUGUGUGGGCUUCCCUGAUUACGCAAGAAGAAAAUAAAACAAUUUGAUUUCCCCCCCCAAAAA